GUUUUGCUUUCAUAUUCAAAUUGUUUACAUCGUAGAUCCGCGGGAGCCUUUCUCAUCAAAACGCUUUCGGUGUGGUUAUUUGCAAAUUCCGCCUAAAAUACGGUUGCCGAUUACUGAUAAAUAAUUGCAAAACAUGAAGCUCAGCACAAAAGAAGAUGCUACAAACAACCCGGCGGCAGACGCUUCCGAUGACGAGGAGGAGGAAGACAUGCAUGACACCUCCAGCAUUGGAAGCACCUGUACCGACAACACCUCGAACGGAAGCGAAAGUCAUCCAAACCGGAAGAAGCGAAGACGCCCGAAGAAGAAACCUCCGAAGGUAGUUCGUCCUUUGUUCAAAUUUGCGUGCUUCGUAAAAGAGGAUCACGCACAACCUCUGUUCGGAUGCCAGUUUAAUCAUAAUCUGAAAAAAGGUGAACUUCCGGUGUUUGCAGCAGUCGGAAGCAAUCGCGUUACCAUCUAUCAGUGUCUGGAAAAUGGUAAUCUUAAACUGUUGCAGUGCUAUUCCGAUCCGGAUGUUGACGAAAUAUUCUACACUUGCGCGUGGUCCCAUGAGAGCGAAACCGGUCGUCCGAUUUUGGCUGCAGCUGGACUGCGAGGAGUCAUUCGGGUUUUUAGUCCCGCUACGUUAAAUACUGCCAAGCAUUAUAUUGGCCACGGACAUGCCAUCAACGAAGUGAAGUUUCAUCCUAAAGAAUUCUAUUUGCUGCUAUCGGCUAGCAAAGAUCAUUCUCUGCGACUGUGGAAUACUAAGACUGAUGUUUGCAUAGCGGUUUUCGGCGGGGUGGAAGGCCACCGAGACGAAGUGUUGAGUGCUGAUUUUGAUAUCCUGGGAUCGCGGAUCAUGUCCUGUGGAAUGGACCACUCCCUAAAAAUGUGGCGUUUGGACACGGACACGAUGAAGGAUGCCAUCAGAGGUAGUUACACGUUCAAUGUUUCCAAAGCGGUGUAUCGAUUUCCGACGGUCAAUGAGCACUUCCCGGUUUUCUCGACGAGAGACAUUCAUAGAAACUAUGUUGACUGUGUCAGAUGGAUGGGAGAUUACAUUCUGUCUAAAUCGUGUGAGAAUACCAUCGUUUGCUGGAAGGCAGGUAAGAUCGAUGAUGUGGAAAUCAAAAACAAUGAUACCACGACUACGGUUCUGAGCACUCUCGAGUACAAAGAGUGCGACAUUUGGUUUAUUCGGUUUUCGUUGGACUAUUGGCAAAAGUAUUUGGCACUGGGCAAUCAAAACGGUAAGACAUACAUUUGGGAGCUGGAUACGGAUGAUCCUGUCCAUCCUAGGUGUAGCCAAUUGUAUCACCCCAAGUGUACGACCGCCAUUCGGCAAACGUCCUUCUCGAGGAACGGAGAUAUUCUGAUCUGUGUCUGUGACGACGGAACCGUUUGGCGCUGGGAUAGAACGUCGUAGGUCUGUGAAUAGCUUGAAAAGAAAAUUUCCAUUCGACUAUCAUGUGUGUAUUUAUUUUUUAAGAAUUGCUUAUUAAUAUAAUUGUAGAGUCCAAAA